UCGUUUUCUCCCGAGGAGACAUAUUGUUAUUAUAGAUAUUCUAUCAACUGUAAUUUCAGAACAAUGAUUUCCUGUCUCAGCAUCCUUUUGAUAUUCUCGCUGUCCAAAGUCAUUAGUACAGAUCCUUGUACAAGUAACACACUGAUAAACGGACAGUACAGACGGUCUAGUAACUAUACCCUACAGUUAUCUGAUGUUGCUAUCAGUGACAACUUCUUAACUUCGGGAUGGUACAGAUUUGACAGUGGAGCAGGAAAUGAUAUGGUGACGUCGGCGCCUUCAUUGACCCAAUGUGGAACGAUAUAUCCUAUCUGGAUGUUAGGAACGUUGCCUUCAGAUGCUGAUGGGGAGGUGACCAGAACAGCUUGUAUAGCGGGACUGUUUGGUUCAUGUGCUACGAGGUUAUCAAUAAAAGUGAAGAGUUGUGUGGGAUACAGAGUGUAUUAUCUUGUACCGCCUCCUCAGACCUCCACUGGCUACUGUAUAGGAGAAGGAUCCCUGUGUCCGGCAGGACAAUCAUCAAGUACCGGAUUCACACCUUGUCAAGGUACAGAAUAUGAAAAUGAAACAUCGACAACAACACCUGCAUCAAUAUCAACAGCAUCGACAACAACACCUGCAUCAAUAACAACAGCAUCGACAACAACACCUGCAUCAAUAACAACAGCAUCGACAACAACACCUGCAUCAAUAACAACAGCAUCGACAACAACACCUGCAUCAAUAACAACAGCAUCGACAACAACACCUGCAUCAAUAACAACAGCAUCGACAACAACACCUGCAUCAAUAUCAACGGCAUCGACAACAACAUCGAAAUUAACUUUGUUGAAAUCACGAUCUACAGGUGUUCAGACAAACCUAGUAAUCGUAUUGACCUGUCUCGGUGUAGGGCUGACUCUAUUGCUGGGUGUCUUAGUCUUUAAAGUUUUGAGAGUUUUGUAUCCUAAAUUUGGAAGGAAGGUGGUAGAUAAAAAGUCCAUCGAUAUUGGAAUCGAUGAACUGAACGAAAUGCCACCCACUCCUGAUAAUGGACACCUAGAUCCACCUCAGAUCGGUUCGCCACAAGAACCCUCACAUGAUCAUCUGGAGCCACCCUUGUCGCAAUCUCUGAGAGAAUUGUUGUCAGACUCGAAUGAACCUCAACCGUGCAUUGAGAUAGGCAAGAAGAGGAUAAAGAAAUAGGAUUUAAAAAUUCAGCAACUUAAAAGAUGAGCUAUGGUACGCUCAAGUACAUGUAUCAUUUGAUGAAGAUAAAUGUGUAAUAAUUGUAAAUUGCACUAAUAUCUUACAUCUUACGGAUUGAGAGAAGUGUAAUGAUUGCUAGUCUUCUAUAUCAUAAUCACGUUUAUUUUGCGGAGACCCUGAGGUAAGCGCAGAAAAUUUAUCUGCUGAGCAGGGAAAAGUCACCUGACGCAAUUAAGACAAGUCGGGAUCGGGAUUCACCGUCUGCUAUGAGGAAAACUUGAGCAAUAUUUACAAUGUUAGAAAUGUUACUAGUUUUGCAAAUUUAUGUAAUAGUGAUGAUAAAUUUACUCUUAUUCGUUUGGUCAAAUUUAGUAGAAUUGUAAUGUCAAUAUUCAAAAGAUUCUACUGUACAUAUGUUACUUUUUUGGUCAUUCAGUACCUGUUUCUUACUAUUUGUUGAUAUUUUUGUACAAGGCCAAAAAGGGUAAAGUUUCAAAGUUAGCUUGAGGAAGCGACCUUUAUUUAUGAAAUACAUAAACAAAAGGUCUUGUCAUUUGUUUUGUACUAAGGUAUUACCAAACAGGCACGUAACGAUAUUCCUCAAGUUCAAUGGUUUUGAAACUUUAAUAUUUAGUUCUGAGGAACAAAAACUCGUAUUGUGCAUGUUAUAAAAGAAAUCUAUCGUAUUUUUUUUUUCUACACAGUUUCAAAUAUAGGGUAUCAGACCCCAGUUAGAGAAGUGUGAAAUUAACCUUUCGUGAUAAGAAUGUGCCCUAUGUAAAAAUUAUCUAUAAAGAUUUUACAAAAAUUAACACUCUUCACAAAGCUAACCUAUUUGUUACGAAAUCUCAAAUAAUUGCUAUAUUUGUGUUUUGUGUACACUGCGAUGUACAAUAUAUCAUGCAUGGAUCGUCAAUAGGAAAUCAUAAAUGUAAAUUUGCUACACAUUAAGAUAUAUUUAAAGGAAAUGUAUUGUUCAGAUUUAAAAAAAAACCGUAAUGAACAAAAUGAUGCAGAAAUUAAUAUAUCUUUUAAGAUAAGAAAUUCAAACCAGGAUUUUAGAUAUUUUGGACUUUUUAGAAAAAUUUGAUUAUGAAAAAUUGACACAUUUUGCCAUUAAUGUAUAUGCAAGACUGACCUAACCUCUAUUAUUAAUGGAAUUUAAUUUAAACGGAAACGGGAAAACCUCUAGUCUACUGAAAAUGCCAUCACAAAACUCUAUUUUAUGACAAGGCGUUGAUUAUUCAGUACAAUAAAACCUCACUUAGCUAACAUAUUUCACAAACCUAUAUAUAGAAGCGCCGUAUUGAUUUACUAAGUAUAACAGUGUGACCGUUGGGCCGAGCAAAGCACGAAAUGGUUAAUUGGGAGUUCCAAGUGAUAAUAAUAUUCAACUUCAGUAAAGAACGGAACAUUUGAAAUAUUCUUAUGCUAUUUAUGAAAUUAUUCUGGCGUUAAGUCAAUUCCACCUCUCUAGAAUUAUAGGUUCGAUCUUAUAUUUGAUUGUUGAUUCUUCAAAUAAUAUAUCUUAGUAAUAAAUAAAAUGAGACAUGUAAAAUAAGUAUGUUUUAGUAUUAAUAAUUCAUUUAUCAAUUAGCACACACAUACACCGGUUAUCAACGUCAGACAAUUGCAAUCAUCCUUAAACAACAUGAUCAAAAUUUCACAAAGUGGUUAAAACGAUAUAAUAGUAUUCAUAACAAUUCCAUGAAACCCUUUCUUUCAGAAAUAUACCAAAGGUUUGUGAAAAAUAAAGGAAAUCUAUCGCAUAAUGGACUUUAUGAAUAAUAAAUGAAAACAGAGUUAUUGCUCUUAGAUUCAAUAUUUUGAAACAUAAUUGAUUAUUCAUAUAUAACUUAGACUUUUGAAAUAUUUUAUGCUUUACAAGAUUUAUAUGAUAACUAUUGAAAAAGACUACAACAAAAUUUAUGUUCCUGUCAUGCAUAAAUCUUAUUAAAUCGUUGACUUUGCAAAAUCUUAUGAUGUCGCAGAAGGGUGGAACUACGUUAGACUCCAACUAAAAUUCAAAUAAUUAAAGCUAUUUUUUGGUAGUCUUUUUCACAUGAAAUUAGAAAUGGGUCUAUUGAAACUUGAGGGAAUGAUAAAUGUACCGAAACAUCUAAACAAUCAAUCUCAAAUUGUAACAUCACAUGCUUUGCUAGGGAUAAUCAAAAUAUGUGACCGGUCGACAAGAGAUGCGUACUCCUCCUAGGCACCUUAUCCCACCUCUGGUAUAUCUAGGGAUCAGUGUUUACCGAACUCUCUCUAUUUUGUAUUGCUUAUAGGAGUGACGAGAUUGAUCACUGUCCGUUAUCUUCACCUUUCAUCUUGUAACAAGUCUUUAGGCAUUUGAUCCGCCCAUUCAUUAAACGCGAGGAAUAUAACAUUGCAUUGUGACAUCAUAUCAAGAACAAAAAUACAAAGGAAGGCAUACAGAAACUUGUCUGCUUAUGUAGAAAUGUUUGUUGUACUCUUCAAACAAUUUAAAUCUAUUCAUUUUAUCUACAAGUUUUUCGACGAAGUACCGAAGUUUUACAAGCCUAUUUUUAUUUAUAGAUACUCAUGAACUCAUCCAUCUAUUUAGUCGUAUUGCUGUUUUCUAUAUCACGAUUGGCUUAAAACUGUAACAAUAACAAUUACACAUUCAAUUUUGAACAAAUUUUAAAAGUGUUUAAAUUACAAUUGCACGAUAGAGUCUUGUAUUUUUUGGCAAUCAAAUUCAAAACUCGAAUAACUGUUGAAGCAGAUAAUGAAGCAAUUACUCGGAACUCCUUGAGUGGCUUCGUACGAAUUAAAACGGACACAACUGAGAGCACCGAUAGUUGAACAAAAUGAUGGCGCCCAUUUAGUCUUGUUCAACCACACGCUCGGCUGUUUCAGUUAUUCUCCGACAAGCUUGUGGGGGAUUUCUACAUGGUUCGUAAAAAUCUGUUCAAUACGGCAGUAGGCCAAAUUAUGUCUCACGGCUGUUUAUGCUGUAUACUUAUCAAAGUUUAAAUUUAGCACAGUAGCUUCUCUAGUUAAAUAUAACAUUCCCAAGGUCAGGUCAUGGUCAAUAAAGCCAAUUCUUUUAUCAAUUUGAAAGUUCCAGCCAUAUGCUUUUUCGCAAAAACAUUUUGACAUAUACAACACGUUUUAUAAACUAUUAUCAAAAGAAUUUUAAAAUGUGCUCUGUAUGGAUCCAUUGUGAACAACAGCUAACUAAACUGAAAGAAGUUUAAGCGUUCUAAUAAAAGCGAUUUAUGUUUGUUGUGUAAUACAUUGUACAUGAUUGACACCUGUGACCUAGAAAAUUCUAGAUUUCGGUAAACAAGUAUAAGACACUGAUUUUGUGAACGUUUAAAGAUACUGCAAGUCAGUGAUUUUUUCAUUGGUUUAUAUUUUUGAUAAUAAUUGUAAAUAGAUUGUUAAGUCUUUGGAGUGUUUUGCGAUUGAUUUCUUCUGAGUUUAUUUUGAAGCAUAACAACAUUCGAAUUCGUAACAAAAUAUUCACCUCAGCAACGUUCAACAAGGGAGGUAAUAUAUUGUUGAAUGGACAUAAUUAUUCAAGAUAUGCUGAAAUGAAUAACGACAUUCAAACUUUUGACCAUCUAUAUUUUGUUGCUAUAUUUAUAUUGUUAUGUCCAUUGCACGGUGUUAUAAAAUAACAGACGCUGUAUGAGUGUAAUAGCGAAUUACAUUUUAUUGUAUCCACUGUCAAUGUGUUUAUAAGUGUAACAUACAAUACUGGAGUUAGAUAUUUUGUCCGGGUACAGUAGUGGUUAACUAACUCAUUUCUUAUCGCUGCAACCGGAGACAGAUCCCCGUGAUCAGCAGUCGUUGUAUACAUGAGGGGGUAUCAUGAUAGCUCGCUGUGACACGUGAUCGGCAAUGGUCGAAUACUGGGACACGUGGGUUCACUCCGGGUACUACGGUUUUCUUUAUAUAUGGCUACUGUUCAUUGUUGUUUAUACACUGUAUGUCCGACUUAAGAAAUAAAGAUUUUCAUUUCUCA